UCGAUAGUGUAAUCUUUUUUCGUCCUUACGCGUAUUGCCAUGGCAAUCGUGAAACUAUAAACAGUAAACACAAUGCAUUUGAUUAGAUUUACUUUUAGUGUAUGCGUAAAUUUAAUCUAUAGCAGUAUUAUAUUUAGUUGUUAAGGUUUAUUAUGCUAGGUAAUAUUAAUUAUAGGUUAAAUUAUCAAUCGUUUAAUUUUGACAGUUAAUAGUUAAUAACAAUAAAUGAGUGUUUUAACCGCAAAUAAAUAUACGACAAUAAUAAUCGGACAAUAUUUAAUUUUGUUAUUUGAUAUUUGUGUUAAUUCCUUUGGAAGUUUUGCUAGGCAGUAUCCAAUCAAUUUACUGGUUCUUUAUAUUAUACAAGAUUUCUGUUUAAUCAUUGGAUUUACCAUACUUUUGGUUAAUUUCUUUUCUACAUACAUUUUUCAGGCUGGAUUAAUACAAUUGUUGUAUAUUCGAUUUCGUAUGACAUUAGUUAUCUGUAUUUUAUACUUGGUUUUAAGUAUUAUUUUACAUACGUGGCAUAUUACAUUACAUUGGUCUAAUCCGUUAACACACAAUUGGACCAAAGGAUUCCACGCUUUGUACGCUGUUCAUAGAAUAGUUUUUUAUUAUUACUUCUAUAAAAGAGCUGCUCUAAAAAUUGCGGAUCCAAGAUUAUAUGAGGGUUCCAGUUGGGUAGAAAAACAAUUGAGUCUUUUAUGAUAUUUAUUCUUUUUUCCUUUUUUUCAAGAGAGGGAGGGAGGAACUUUUUUUUUAUAUCCAUAUAAAAAACACGUGAACGCUUAAAUUAGUACAACGAUGUAAAUAAUAAAUACAUGAUAUUGUCCUCUAUUCUAAUACAAUGUUAUCAAUAUCGAAUGAUAUAAAUAUUUGAAGAAUGUAUCAUCGCUUAAAUGGCAUGAAUGCAUGAAUGAUUUAGAAGAAGAUGAACAAUAUUUUCUAUAUGCGACUAUCAUUUGCUUUAUAUCGUCUAAAAUAUAAUGUGAUAAUAUAUUUAUUAAAUUGUGUAUGUGGAAAAGAUAAUUGAUAAUAUUUAAUAUAAAUUACGA